AUGUCCGCCGACGCAGCACCAGCACCCUUAUCAAAGGUCGACUCCGCCGUACAAGGUCUCUCGUCUAGUCCUCCAAAGGAGAAGCGGAGAGCAAGCUCGAGUGUACCAGGUGUCUAUAACAUUCUUGAUCUAGAGAAGGAAGGAACAGAACUGCAGAUUGCUGUCGAGACACAAAAGCUGAACUGGCAUAUCAACAAAUCUCCAAUGACUCUGGAUGACCCCGAGAAGGGCUGGCUUAAGAAGCCUCUCACCACCCCACCAGUCAAGAGAAUCGACCUACACUUCCCACUGGGUCUGGAGGUAACCGCACGGAACUUGAAGGGUGUAACCAUCAAGGAUGCGUUAGAUGCUAUUCACAAGCAAUUCCGAAAGAAGGCAGAUGAUGAACUCGAAACCCCAGUCCUAGCAGGCUUCGAAUGGGACAAAGAGGAGUCAUGGACCCGCCUCAUCGUACACUGCAAGAAGGAAGGUGCUCCUCAACCCAAGAAGAAGGCCAAGAAGGGUCAAGAAGCCACUGGAGGCGAUGACCUGUAG